AUCGGGAGCAAGUAGUCCGUAGAAGAAGAGUGAAGCCGCGAGCUGACAACUGACACAGACCGUGUCGACAACUUCCUGCUCCGUUGUUGCUAUGCAACCUGUCAACAACAAACAGAGUCGCUAGCCGCCAGGCAUGUCGUCGGGUUACUCGGCUAAUCAGUAUGAAAAUGCUUUCAACUCGCAGAAAUUGCAAAAUUGGACCGUGCCGAAGCAUUUCAAGGAGAGGCCCUCAGCAGCAGAGGGUCACACCAUCUUCAUCGCCAGUGACCGAGGACAUCUCCUACCGGGAGUGAAGGCUAAGCGUGGCAGUGCGUGGCCAGAUUUUAAGGGGACAUGGGAGCUGCCUGCUCGUCUCCCUCCUGCCUCCAUCAACCCCACGGCUCGCUCUGAGGAGGGCAGACAGCGUCUCACACACACAUACAAACACUCACACACAUACAAACACUCACACACACACAAACACUCACACACACACUCCGGACUUGACAUCCACACACACAUGGCUGCCAAAACCACCACCACACCAGCCACAGACGGUCAGACGGAAGAGGUUCAGACCUGCAAUGCCCCAACCUCAGAGAGACCAGUCACAGGAGAAAGACCAGUCACUGGGCAAUCAGGUCGUGGGGCGAGACCUUUGACUCAAGCCUCAGAGAGAGAGAGAGCAGUGUCCACCCUGACACACAGCAAGAGGAGAGAGCAGCCACUAGAGGGAACACCUCGGCUGGAGAGAGAGCAGCCACUAGAGGGAACACCUCGGCUGGAGAGAGAGCAGCCACUAGAGGGAACACCUCGGCUGGAGAGAGAGCAGCCACUAGAGGGAACACCUCGUCUGGAGAGAGAGCAGCCACUAGAGGGAACACCUCUUCUGGAGAGAGAGCAGCCACUAGAGGGAACACCUCGUCUGGAGAGAGAGCAGCCACUAGAGGGAACACCUCGUCUGGAGAGAGAGCAGCCACUAGAGGGAACACCUCGGCUGGAGAGAGAGCAGCCACUAGAGGGAACACCUCGGCUGGAGAGAGAGCAGCUGCUAGAGGGAACACCUCGGCUGGAGAGAGAGAACCUUCUACAGCUGCCCAAGAUAAUCACACACAGGUUGACUAGUAAACAUGUCUACUUCCCCAUCUCUUUCUCUCUCCAUCUUUCUCUAGAGCAGUCUCACACCCAGAAUAUAUUUUGUUUCCUGAUGUACUGAGUGCUGUUAGUUUACUGAUGUACACUAACAGAAUCAUACAGCAUUAAAACUCUGUAAAACCA